AUGAAGGAAGCUUCCUCCAGUGCCCCUGUCACUGCCCCUGCAGAGCCCUCCGAAGCUUCCUCUGCCACUUUGGGUCAAGGGAGUAAACGCAAUCAAGAGGUGCCACGUGGCGAAGGGUUAGUGGCUGAGGUCGCGACACCAACAGGAGGGGCUUCUGGACCGAGAGGGAGCGAGAUUUGGAACUCCCCGUUGCCAGCUGGCGGGUGGAUGUGGGCGGCUGGUUUUGUCGUUACUGCUGCUACAGUGGCGUGGGUCGGAGGACGAGCGGGCGGCAAGGCAGAGAAAAAGAAAGAGGGGUUGCAGAAGCAGGGGAAAGGACUUGUAACGAAUAAGGAGGGUGACAAUAAGGAGGAUAAGAUAAGUUGGACGGAUUGGGAGAAAAAGAAGAUGAAAGAGAAAAAGGUGGAAGGGUGGAGGAGGAGGGCAGAACAGGAGAGGAUGGAAAGAGAGAGAGCAGAGAGGUUCAAGGGGAAAUGGGCGGGAGGGGAGGCGGUUGAGAGUGGUGGAGAGGAGUUGGGAGGGAUUGGUGGGAGUGAGGAGAGGGAAUGGGAGGAUGGGAGGGGAAGGGGGGAAACAGGGUUUGGGUUUUAUGAGGGAGAGGGAAGGGAGGUGAGGGGGAUUAACGGGAAGGUGAAUGGGGUGGCUGGUGGGGAGAGAGGAGGGGAAGUGGAUGUGCUAGUAGGGGGGGAUCGGGAGGGUGUGGGGAGUAGGGGGAGGGGAGAGGAGGCGUGGGGGGGUGAGAGAGGGGGUGCUGUGGUUGAUAUUAGCGCCGAGGUAAGGGAGAGGAGGGUGGAGAGGGCAGGAGAGGAAGGGGAGAAGGGAGAGGUAGGCGAGAAAGGCGGGAAGGGAGAGGAGGGAGAGCAGGGAGAGAAGGGUGAGGAGAGAGAGGGGCAGCAGGAGCAGCAGGAGGGGGAUACAGAGGAGCAGAGGCGACAGGCAGCAAUGGCAGAGAUCCGAAGGAGUGCCGACUUAGUAAGGCGGCAGGAGAGGGAGGAGAGGGAGGAGAAGGAGCGAGCAAGGAAGGUGAGUGCUGAGAUGCAGAGAUUGCUGGUGGAGAGGAGGAGGCGCGGCGAGGUGGUGACGCAGCAGGUGUUGGAUGCGGUGUGGGAGGAGGCGUGUGCGGUUGUGCUGGGUGGAAAGGUGGGAGGAGUGGGUGCGGCGGGGUUCAGUGCGGCGGUUGAGGGAGGUGCAGCAGCAGCAGCUGCGGCGGCGGCGGCAGCAACAGGGGCAGCAGCAGCAGCAGCAGCAGGAGCAGCAGCAGGGGCAGCAGCAGGGGCAGCAGCAGCAGUGGCAGCAGCAGCAGCAGCAGCAGCAGCAGGUGGCAGCGGUUCUGCUGGCAAAAAUGACAAUGGGAUGAUGGGCGAGGACGCAGGGAGGGCGGGAGCAGCAGCAGCUGCAGCGGCGGCAGCAGAAGCAGCAGUAGCAGGUGCGGAAAAUGGAGGAGAAGGGGACAGCAGCCAAAGGGAGGUAGAGGGGCAGGGGGAGAGCAAUGUGCAGAUGGGACUGGGCAGGCAGCAGUGGGAGUUGGAGGAUGCCAAGAGAAGGGUGAGGCAGCGAGCAGCGGCAGCAGCGGUGGCUGCUGGUGCUGCUGGUGUUGCUGGUGCUGCUGGUGUUGCUGGUGCUUCUACUUCUGGUGGGGCUGCGUGGUGGGUGGAAGAUGAGGAGCUGGUGACUCUAGUGGCGCGGGUGAUGCUGAAUGAUGAGGCCGGAAGGGACUCGAUGCACGGGCUGACGCAGGAAGAGCAGGAGCUGUUUUUCGACGCUCUCAACAGGCUCUAUGGGGAGGAGGCUAACGGGGGUAAAGGGGGCGGCUAUAAGGAGGACGGAGUGUCCGAGCUGGUGGAGAAUCUGAACUAUGGCCGAGACGGCAUUUCUGUGAACGACCCGAUGGAUGUGGUGGUGCCGCGGUUCAGGGGAGGGGAGAGAAAGGAGAGCAGCAAGGGGGGGAUCGCAUCAGCAGCACCAGCAGGCAACGGCACUGCAGCAACCAGCGCCCCUGCAGCAACUGACGGUGCUACAGAUGAGCUGCUAGUUCAGGCGGUUUCACAGUAUGUGAAUGCCUCUGAUGCCAACAGGUUUAUUGACGAUGGGGGUGCGGAGGAAAGCGAAAGUCCGGCUACCUGGUCGCUGGAGGAAACACAAGGUGGGAGGGCAGGCAGAGAGGUGGGGAGCGGUGAAGAGGGUUGGAGCAACACAAAGCAGUGGGCAGAGGACAUCAGAGCAAGGUAUGAAGAGGAGAGGGAUCCUGAUGUGAGGGAGGUGAUUCAGCAGCUAGGAAAGGACCUCCCUAGGUGGUUAUCAGAGGAGGAAAUUAAUUCUGCCCCGACGCUCUCACAAAUUGUAGCAGCAGGGAGGGAAGGGGGCGACCCGAAGCAGCGGGCAGCGGUGAAAAGUUUUCUCGAGAAGGUUCGGGAGGAGAAGGAGAGGUUCGGGGCGGAAGCUGUGGCGGAGAAGUAUUUGGAGCAGGCUCGGGAUGCGGAGGAGGAGGAGGCUCGGCGGAGAGGGGUGGUUCGGCCGGACCUGGACCGGCUGUGGUGGCUUGACCUGCAGGCAGUGUGGGUCGUGAUGAUAAUGCGCUGGAGCAGCAGCAGUGGCAGCAGCGAUGGGCAGCGAGUGCAGAGAGUGCCGUACUCCUUCCAGCUCCCCCCUGACUGGGGCUCUGCCACUGCGUACUCUGCUGAGGGUGUUUAUAACGGGGAUAAUGCUGCUGGGGCAGCAGCAGCAGAGGUGGAUGCGUGGAUAGUGGUGGGAUUUGAAGACGUGGUGGAUGCAGCGCGGUUCAGUGAGGUGCUGCGGGUGUGGCUGCUGGCACAUCCAGAGGAGCUGGAAGGAGGGGAGGAAGAGGAGGGGGAGGAGGAGAGAAUUGAGGCAGCUGCUGGUGUGGCUGUGGAAGUGAAAGCAGUGCCGUGUGCUCCCAAGGAGCUCUAUUCAAGCGCCAAGGAGGCAGGGCAUCGCAUUCUCGUGGUGCAGCGGCAGCAGUUGCAGCUCACAGCAAUUGACGAGCCGUUGCCUGAUGUUCGUCCGUCCCUCUAUCCAAUACUUCUCUCUAUCUGUCUAUCUGUAAUCUCUCAGGAGCUCUAUUCAAGCGCCAAGGAGGCAGGCCAUCGCAUUCUCGUGGUGCAGCGGCAGCAGCUGCAGCUCACAGCAAUUGACGAGCCUUUCCCGGACGUGCUGGCGCGGCUGUGCGAUGCUGCUGCUGCUGGGGAGGACAAGAGGAGGGGGACUAGAGGGCCGUCAACGGUUGAUCUAGGACCGUUGAUUGCUCGUGCAGGGAAGAGGGGUGGAGAAUGGAAGUAG